AUGGCCUACCAUUUAAUUCUCCGGCGCCUUCUCGCCUUGAGUGUGCUAUACUCUCUAAGCAGCGCUCAUGCCGUCAUCCUAGGCGCUUCGUGUGAUGGGGGAAAGACUUCGAGUAUUGGAAUGGGCACCAACCCAGAUGUUCCUCGCACCGGCGAGGACCCCAAUCCAUUCCAGCUGGAUAGUCCCAUUAUCCGAACGAAGGAAAAAGACAAUCUCCUGGUCAAUGGAUGCGGGCGGACCAAGCUGCAGACGAAUAUUGACGUGGCAAAUGAAACCGAGAUUGCGAUUCAAAACAAUCAAAUCGCGGGUUACGGUUCCGGUCCUUUCUUUGCCGACAUUGACGAAAAGAGCAACGUGGGAAAUUUCCGGGAAAUUGGCAAAGUCGACGGCAUUGAUGGAAAGAAUGGCAUUCAACGAACCGCAGCUACAGCCUUCGAUGUCGCCAUCCCACUGCCUUCUGAUAUGAAAUGCGAGGGUGGCAAGGACCUCAAUGUGUGUACCCUCCGCAUUCGUAACCUGGCCGACGCUGGGCCGUUUGGCGGCUGUGUAGCGCUACAAGAUCUCACGGGGGGCCGGGGGAGCGGCGGCCAAGGAAACAAUGGCCAAGGAAAUAAUGGCCAAGGAAAUAAUGGCCAAGGAAAUAAUGGCCAAGGAAAUAAUGGCCAAGGAAAUAAUGGCCAAGGAAAUAAUGGCCAAGGAAAUAAUGGCCAAGGAAAUAAUGGCCAAGGAAAUAAUGGCCAAGGAAAUAAUGGCCAAGGAAACGGUGGCCAAGGAAACGGCGGCCAAGGAAACGGCGGCCAAGGAAACGGCGGCCAAGGAAACGGCGGCCAAGGAAACGGCGGCCAAGGAAACGGCGGCCAAGGAAACGGCGGCCAAGGAAACGGCGGCCAAGGAAACGGCGGCCAAGGAAACGGCGGCCAAGGAAACGGCGGGCCAGGAAAUACAACCAAAAUGGCGGCAACCAAAAGGGAGGCAAUCAAAAGGCUGGCAACCAAAAUGGUGGCAGUCAAAGGGGUGGCAGCCAAAGGGGUGGCAGUCAAAAUGGUGCCAAGUAAGACAGUAACAACGAGGGCCAGGUUGGGGGUGCGGAGAAAGCAAAGCAGAGUAAUCGUUGUGACUUGUCUAGCAGGUUCUAGCUCGUAA